UCUAAACGCUUCCUUCUCCUCCUCCUCCAGGUCCCCGUCGUCGCCGUCGUCUUCCUCCUCCUCCUCCUCCUCGCCGCCGCUGCGCUCGGCAGCAGCCCGGAUUGCUCGCCAAGCUGGCUCCUUGCGCCAUGGUCACCCACAGCAAGUUCCCCAGCGCCGGGAUGAGCCACCCGCUGGACUCCAGCCUGCGCCUCAAGACCUUCAGCUCCAAGAGCGAGUACCAGCUGGUGGUGAACGCGGUGCGCAAGUUGCAGGAGAGCGGCUUCUACUGGAGCACGGUGACGGGGGGCCAAGCCAACCUCUUGCUCAGCGCCGAGCCUACGGGCACGUUCCUCAUCCGGGACAGCUCAGACCAGCGCCACUUCUUCACGCUGAGCGUCAAGACGGAGAGUGGCACCAAAAACCUCCGGAUCCAGUGCGAAGGGGGCAGCUUCUCGCUCCAGAGCGACCCCCACAGCAGCCAGCCUGUGCCCCGCUUUGACUGUGUCCUGAAACUGGUCCAUCACUACAUGCCCUUCCCCGAGCAAUGCCCCGGGGAAGCCUCGCACCCCAGGCGCGCCUACUACAUCUACUCAGGUGGAGAGAAGAUCCCCCUGGUGCUGAACCGCCCUCUUUCCUCCAGUGUGUCCACCUUGCAGCAUUUGUGCCGCAAGACGGUCAACGGGCACUUGGAUUCCUACGAGAAGAUGACCCAGCUCCCUGGGCCCAUCAAAGAAUUCCUUGACCAGUACGAUGCACCUGUGUAAAUGGACCCCCACUUGUUGGGGACAGCAGCCCAUGGCACAAGCACAAGAGCAGAACAGGGGGGAGAGGAGGUUACAGGGCAAGGAGAGAGAGAGAGAGAGGGAGGGAGCGCAAACUUUUUUUCUUUCUGGCUUUUGGAAUAUGAAAGGGGCUGGAGGGGACUGGCAGGUGGAGCAGCUGAGGAGCCUCUGCCCAGUACAGACACUGUCCUGCUGUUGCUUUUGCUGGAUGGUUUUUGCCAAGAGGUGCUUUGGGCAGGAGAACCGAUGCUGCUGGACUGUGAAACAGGCUGCUGCUCCUUGAGAGAAGAAUCAGUGGCCGAUGCUGCGUGGAAGAGAAUGGUUUGCAAACUUCCUGAACCGAAGGACAGUUUACAAAGAGCUUUUGCUCUGCACUGGCCCUACCACACCACCUCUUAUGACCUCUGACCGAAACCAUUCUGCAGACCAUGGUAUAUAUGCACUGGAGUCCAGCUAGUGCCUGAAAAAACGACUUUUCCUCAGUUUUAAGGGGAAACGUUAGAGAAGAAGAAGAAUCUUUACCUCUCUCCAGCUCUUGAAGAGACAGAAUUUCUUCUCACCCCAAGCCUCUUCCUUAGAGGAUGCUGCCACACGUUUAUUCAUGGGACUAAGCCUUAAAGAAGAAUUGCGAAUCCUCCCAUUAUCGUAUGGACUGAUUUAUUACUGCACAUUGCAUGGAGAGAAUUGUCAUUUACUCUCUGUGCUAUUAUGCAAGUGAAGGAGGACUUCUUUUUUUAGAGAUCACAUCCCUGCAUUUGAAACAACAAAAGGGGAUGAUGAAUGAACUAGUCAUUCUUCUUGAAGUUUUAUUCCACCUGAGCUUCUCUGUCCAUAUUGAUAAUCUCUUGCCUUCAUUCUUGGAUUUUCAGCUCCUCAGAGAAUGGUCUCACAUCUACAGCAGAGAUUGUAGAUUUGUUUAGGCCCCAAAUCGCACUGAAUAACUGAAAAUAUAUAUAUAUACAGGAAUGUAGCAACAACGGAAUUACCUGGAACUUUCAAUUAUUAUUAUUUUUCUUUUUUUUGUAAAAGUGUAACCAAACUUUUGUGUGUUCAUCUUAUUUUUACAUAUCAGGGUUUUAGAAAGGCAGAUGAGGUUUUGUUUUUACAAAGAGAAAUGUUUACAAACCUGCCUAAAAAAAAUCAUUCUGUCUUUUAUAAAGAUUCCAUCCUUCAGCCUUGCAGGCUGUUAGACAUGCUUGAAGACUCAACCAAAAAUCAAACUUGGAAGAAAACUUUGCACAUCUAUUUAUAUUUAUAUUCAAUGGAUUUUAAAGACAGCAUUUGUUAAUUUAUAAUAAAAAGCACUAUUUUUUAAAUGAAA